CUAAAAACAAACAAUAGAAUGGGGAGUAAAAAAGAAAGAGAAAGUUGAGUUGUGUUGGUGUUAGGCUACCAGAGCAUGGCAUGGAGGUUUAAUUUAGGGAAAUGGACCAAAAAGAGUUGACAUAUAGGUUAGCUGGCACGUGAAGAGCACAUGGGGAAAUUCAUGAGAUGAUUAUUGAGAAUAUCUCUCUCUAUAUUAGUGUUUUGAGAGGGCUGGAAGAAGCUCAUAAUUGAAUGAAUAUGAAUAUGGGUUCUUCUUCCCCUCCGGACACUAGCAAGAGCAUAAAGCUAGAGCGAUACAACAGCUACAUCCGGAGACUCAACAGCACCAAGCUCCUCAACGCCUCCUCCAAACUCCUCUUCCGCGCCACUCUCUUGGUCGCACUCAUCCUCGUCUUCCUCUUCACCUUCAACUACCCUCCCCUCUCCGCCACCGACUCCACCCACCGCCACCUCCACGCCCACUCCCACUACUUCCUCUCCUCCUCCUCCUUCGGCGCCUGGGAGAAGCAGGUCCGCCACUCCGCCUCCCCCCGCCGCCCCAACGGCCUCACCGUCCUUGUCACUGGGGCUGCGGGCUUCGUGGGCAGCCACUGCUCCCUGGCCCUGAAGAAGCGCGGCGACGGUGUCCUGGGGCUUGACAACUUCAACAACUACUACGACCCUUCCCUUAAACGCGCCCGGCAGGCAAUGCUCUGGAAACACCAAGUGUUCAUCGUGGAAGGUGACCUCAACGACACCCCCUUGCUCCAGAAGCUCUUCGACCUCGUCCCCUUCACCCACAUCCUCCACCUGGCCGCACAGGCCGGCGUCCGCUACGCCAUGCAGAACCCCCAAUCCUACGUCACCGCCAACAUCGCUGGCUUCGUCAACCUUCUCGAGGCUGCCAAAUCCGCCAACCCCCAACCCGCCAUUGUCUGGGCUUCGUCCAGCUCCGUCUACGGCCUCAACACCCAAAACCCUUUCUCCGAGCUCCACCGCACCGACCAGCCCGCCAGCCUCUACGCCGCCACCAAGAAGGCCGGCGAGGAAAUCGCCCACACCUACAACCACAUUUACGGCCUCUCCCUCACCGGACUCCGUUUCUUCACCGUCUACGGCCCCUGGGGAAGACCCGACAUGGCUUACUUCUUCUUCACCAAAGACAUCCUCCAUGGGAAGACCAUCGACGUCUACCAGACGCCGGAGGGGAAGCAGGUGGCGCGUGACUUUACCUACAUCGACGACAUCGUCAAGGGUUGCCUCGGCGCCCUCGACUCCGCCCAGAAGAGCACCGGGAGCGGCGGCAAGAAGCGGGGCCCUGCCCAGCUCAGAGUGUACAAUCUAGGGAACACGUCACCGGUGCCGGUGGGGACCUUGGUGUCCAUUCUAGAAGGUUUGCUGAAAACCAAGGCCAAGAAGCACGUCAUUAAGAUGCCAUCUAACGGCGACGUUCCCUUCACUCACGCCAACGUCAGCUUGGCCUUCAGGGAUUUCGCCUACAAACCCACCACCGAUCUCUCCACCGGUCUCAGCAAGUUCGUCAAGUGGUACCUCGGUUAUUACGGCCUCCAGCCAAGCCUGAAAAAGGAUAAUCACCUUCACAAUAUUGAAUGACCAUUUCUAUAAUUAUCUCUCCUCUAUUUUGUUCUUUUUACGGCAAGAAAAAAAAAACAAAAAAACCUUCCCCUUGCUCAUGGAUCAUUUUUCUUGUUUUUGUUGAAUCAUUAUUAUUAUUAUUAUUGUUAUUGUUGUGGUGGUGUAGCAAUUAUACAUCAUAUAAAUAUCUGGUAUAGAUGAAGGACAUGCAUAUAUAUAAAUGUCAUGGAAACAAACAGAAACAAGUGUAUGUAAUUGUAAUGUAGAUCGAUCUGUAAUAAUGCUGUGUGUGGGGUCUGCCACAAAGGUUGCUGAUCUCUCCCCUUCUUUUAUCCAUAUAAUAUUUUCUUCAUUUCACACUGUU